AUGGAUGAGUGACGGAGGACGCGAUGAAAGCUACUCUAUGUAUGGAGUACGCGCUUGAUUAAUCAGUGAUUAAGAAUAGACACGGCGGCAUGUGCAACGGCCAACCGCUCACCUCGCCCCACAACGAAGCUUAUCGACAUCAUCUACAACUCUUCCGAACACUUCAACUGUACACUCUCCAGACCACAAACCAGCACACACCUUCCACCUCCUACAGCUACAGCCCACCAUGAAGCUCUACUACAUCGGCAUCAUCCGCAACGACCCCAAGCCCGCGCACGAGCUCGUCUCGGUCACAGAGCUGAGCUCCUUCAGCUUCUUCCAGCGCUCGACGGUCAGCGAGUUUCUGUCGAUGUUCGCGGGCACGGUAGCCGAGCGCAUCGCCCCCGGUGCGCGUCAAGACAUCGAGGAGCAAAGCUACACGUUCCAUGUAUACGGGCGAUCGGAGGGGCUAGCUGGCGUGUGCAUCAGCGACCACGAGUAUCCCAAGCUGGUGGCGCACAAGCUCCUCUCGCAGAUCGUCGACGAGUUUCUGACUGCGAACCCGCGCCCAAAAUGGGCUGCUGGGACGGCGAAGGUCGAGAUGCCGCAGCUGGGAGGUUACAUUCAGAAGUAUCAGGAUCCCAAGCAGGCCGAUAGCAUCUUGAAGAUCCAGCAGGAGCUUGAUGAGACCAAGAUUGUGCUGCAUAAGACGAUCGAGAGUGUUCUGGAGCGCGGCGAGAAGCUGGAUUCCCUCGUCGAGAGGAGCAACCAGCUCAGUGGGAGCAGUAAGCAGUUUUACACGCAGGCCAAGAAACAGAACUCCUGCUGUGUGCUGAUGUAAAUUUCAUUGGUACAUGUGCUUGCAUCUGCGUGUCGUUUACUUGCUAUUGAAAUGAUCUUUUUUUUGCUGGCGGAAAGAGGCAGGGAGGGAGGGAGACCAACGACGAUAGAACGGUAAUGCGAUGACAGAUGAAAUGUGAUACUUUUCCUACAUAACUUUACCUGCCAGCUGUAGAUAUUUUAAGCGCAAGUGCACGGUGACGAUUA